AUGGGAGGAGAGGAGAUCGUGCCCAAGUUCGAGACGCUGCAGCUGCACGCAGGCCAGGAACCAGACCCAACCACCAAAUCCCGAGCCGUACCCAUCUAUGCCACCACCUCCUUCGUCUUCGAUGACUCGGCUCACGGCGCGCGGCUCUUCGGCCUCAAGGAACCCGGCAACAUCUACUCCCGUCUCAUGAACCCGACCGUCGACGUGCUCGAGAAACGCAUCGCGGCUCUCGAAGGUGGUGUGGCGGCCCUCGCAACCUCCUCCGGCCAAUCGGCUCAGUUCAUGGCUGUGGCUGCUCUGGCUCAUGCGGGGGAUAAUAUCGUGUCGACGUCGAAUUUGUACGGAGGCACGUAUAAUCAGUUUAAAGUGUUUUUCCCACGUUUGGGGGUGAAUACGAAGUUUGUGAAUGGGGAUGAUCCCGAGGAGUUUCGGAAGGUGAUUGAUGAGAAGACUAAGGCUGUUUAUGUCGAGUCCAUUGGGAAUCCGAGGUACAAUGUCCCGGAUUUCGAGGCGAUUGUCAAGGUCGCGCAUGAGGCGGGUGUGCCGGUGAUUGUGGACAAUACUUUUGGUGCGGGUGGGUAUUUCGUCAGGCCUAUCGAUCACGGUGCGGAUAUUAUUGUGCAUUCGGCGACCAAGUGGAUUGGUGGACAUGGUACUACGAUUGGUGGUGUCGUUGUCGACUCGGGCAAGUUCGAUUGGGGUACUCCUGAGGCUCGCAAGCGGUUCCCGCAGAUGACUGAGCCUUCGAAUGGAUACCAUGGUCUCAAAUUUUGGGAUACUUUUGGCGCCAUCACUUUCAUUGUCCGACUACGGGUCGAGAUCAUGCGUGAUCUUGGCGCGGCACUCAACCCAUUCGCGGCUCAGCAGCUUCUCCUCGGCGUCGAGACCCUCAGUCUGCGAUGCGAAAGGCAUGCGUACAAUGCACUGAAGCUUGCCAACUGGCUGGAGAAGAACGAGAAUGUGGCGUGGGUCAGCUAUCCUGGGCUCGAAAGCCACAAGAGCCACCAGUUGGCGAAGAAAUACUUGCCUCGUGGGUUUGGCGGCGUGCUAUCGUUUGGUGUCAAGGGUGGGGAGAAGGCUGGUAGUCAGGUCGUGGAUGGCUUCAAGCUGAUUUCAAACUUGGCGAAUGUGGGUGAUUCGAAGACGUUGGCGAUUCAUCCUUGGACUACGACGCAUGAGCAGUUGAGCGAUGAGGAGAAGACUAGCAGUGGCGUCACUGAUGACCUUAUCAGGAUAUCUGUUGGCAACGAGCAUAUCGACGACAUUAUUGCGGAUUUCGAGCAGUCUUUCAAGAAUGCUGCGACGAAGCCGGAGGAGGAUGGGAAGAAGGAGAAUGCGGAGAAGAAUGGCGAUACCAGUGUUAAAGCUGACAUUGGUGGUGCCACCUGA